AUGUUUACCGCUACGCCCCCUUCGUUGGCUCCAUUGGCCCUCGUUGUCACAAAGCCCCUCGGGUUUGGUGGGGGUUCGGUGGACUCGCUCGCGACUGAUUGCCUUGGCCUCUCCCUUUCAAAGGACGCGCGCUACCGCCCCACUUGGCUUCUUCUUUGCAGAGAACACUUGCGUGGUCAACUGAGACCGCGAUUCAUGCACACACAGUCGACUUCAACGGCUGUUCAUCCAGGACACCUGGGACAGCAUUCGCUUAACCCCAUCUACAUGUAUCCCAACAGCAGCGCCCACCAGCGCAACACGGCGAGCCCCCGCGCUUACGAAGCGGGUGCUGCCGGAGCGCAGAAUGGUGACGACCAGUACAACUAUCAGGCCGCCGGCUUCGGCGGUCUUAGCGGGUACAACUACCAGAGCCAGAUGGGCAUGUACAACACUUCGCCCCAGCUCCCCUCAGGGUCUCGCCGAACUUCGAACCCAAAGGCUAGCCCGACUCAGCCAGCGUCGGCCACGGCCACCACCUCGCCUUCGGCUUAUUACCCUCGCCAGACUCAGCAAGCCGAUGUGACCCAGUCGCCCUACCAGCAGAACGCCCAGCCCCACCUGUCUCAGCAGUACGGCGGCUACUACCCCCACUAUGACCAGUACGGCGGGCACCAUCCGAGCCAGUGGCAGCAGUCUUACAGCGCCCAGUCCAACUUUGGCCAGCAGAGGCAAUCUUCGUCUGGCUCCAUGCCGACUGGCGCGACUGCGAGCACAAACGACGCCGCCCAGUCGUCAAGAGCAUCUGGUGGGUCAUUCGACUACUCGACAUCGCAGGGCCAGCAGCAGCAGCAGCAGCAGUACCAGAACUGGGACCCCUCCAGACAGGCACAGGGCCACCAGUGGGCUCAGCAGGCCUCGGCGCAGCAGCCAUCGCAGCAGCAGCAGGCGUCUUCGCAGGGAAGUUCGCAGCAACGCAGCGGCGGCAGCAGCGCUGGCCAGCAGGCUAAUGUUGUCAACUCCAGCCCCUGGCAGGGCUACGGCGCCGGUGCACACCAGCCGUUCCCUCCUCCGCCGCAGCCUGUGACUCACUUGGGUGGUCAGAUGCCACCGGGCCAGUAUAGUGGUGGGUGGCAGCAGUGGCAGGGACAGCCCGGCUAUGGCGGUUACCCUCCUGCUCAGGCUCAGCCUACAGCGGCGCCUCCAACCACCGUUCCUCCUGCCGCCACCACAACUGCUCCGCCUCCAGCUGCUGCCCCACCUGCGCCGGUCCCCACAACCAAGGGCAAGAAGAGCAAGAAGGAGGAUGCGGCCGCUGCCGCAACCUCGCCAGUGCUUGGUAAGCGUAGCUCCGACGACGGCCACGACGACAGCGAGAAGAAGCAUAAGACGAAGAAGAGCAAAAAAGAUGAGGCCAAGCCUGCGCCCAAAGCUCCCACCAAGUCGCACCUCAAGCCCCCCCGACAGGCACCUUCAGCCUGGCAGCUUUUUUUUGCAGACGAGCUCAACAAGGCCAAGGCGGCCGCUGCCGCAGAAGCUGGGUCCACACCUGGCGGCACCCCUAUCCAUCCCAAGCUCAACGUCGCACAGAUUGCCAAGGACGCAGGUGCUGCUUACGCUGGCCUGACCGAGGACCGCAAAGCUCACUACGCCCGCAAGGUCGAGGAGGGCAAGGUGCAGUACCAGAAGGACCUGGCUGCUUGGCAGGCAACCCUCACGCCUGAGGACAUCAAGGCCGAGAAUGCAUUCCGAGCUCAGCAGCGAAAGGACGGCAAGUCGCGUAAGGGCAACCUCAAGGAUCCGAACGCGCCCAAGAAGCCUUUGUCGGCCUACUUCUUGUUCCUCAAGGGGAUCCGCGAGAACGACGACUUGCGCAAAUCUGUGUGGGCCGAGGAGAGCGAGACGACGCGCCAGAGCGUGCUCGCUGCCGAGAGGUGGCGUGGUCUCUCUGAUGAUGAGAAGAGGCCGUACCUCCAGCAGGCCGAGAAAGACAAGCAAGAUCUCUGUUGGAACCGCGUUAAAGUCGGUGCUGGCACCGCGGCGAAAUCGAAGACGACGACGACGAAGACGAAGAAGGACGAUGAUUUCUCAAAGAUACCAACAACGAUCAACCCGGCGUCGACAACCUUUACGGUUGUACACGAGUCGACGCCCGAUCCCGAUACCAACCCGCUCGCCACGACGGGCAGCGGGUUCGGCCCCACUCUCGAGAUGGACGAGUUUCGCGGAUUUGAGGACAUGGAAUUGACAGGCCUUGAGGGCAUGACGGGCCAUGGCGAGUCAGCUGAGGGACAGUGGGACCACUUGGGGUACAUGGACGGUGCAGAGGGUGGCGAUGUCGAGGCGGCCUCUGCCGCUGUCGCUGCUGCGACUGCGGCCGUUGAGCGCAAGGCCAAAGCGUAG